AUGCCAUUCAAGGUCAAAGUUCCAGUCAUAGGGGGGCAAGGAAUAUUCGAAUCCAGGAGGGCUGCUCGCCGUUGGGGUAGCUGUGGCCCCCAAUUGCUUCAGAAAGGUUAUGAACUUCACAAAGACUUUGCAUUCCAAGUCGCCACACCGAACGGCUGGGAUGUCUGUAUUUGCCAGGAUGCAAUGAUCAGAGAGUACCUCAAUGCCGCAGAUGAGUACUUAUCUUCUACAGCUCCAAUUCAAGGGUUCUUCCAGUCAAAGUUUACAGCACCUGGUUUAUUCCACAAGAUACCAAGUUCGGCGAUGAACAAAGGACUUACAUGGUCCCGAACACGGACUAGAUCGACAGACCAGUACUUCCCGAGCUUUAUUGAAGAGCUCGAGUACUCAUUCGAAAAUGAGAUUACAGCACAUAUGAAGAUAGACGACGACUGGAAUACGUUUGAUUGUUACACAAUCGCCAGACGUCUUAUAAUGGGACUUGUCGCCAAAUUAUUGAUCGGUGAUGGAUGUCGGAAUCCAAAGAACAUUGACCUUUUCUGUGACUACACAGCGGAAAUGAUAAUCGGGGGCCCGUAUAUAAGGGGGUUUCCGGAGUUUUUGAAACCUAUGAUCGCACGCUCAUCCCGCGUUGUAAAGCUUUCCAAUGAGAUGCAGAAACUAUUCCUUGAUCUGAUUGACAGAAGGAAACUUAAGUCGAGGGAGAUGGAAAAAGAAGGGAGACAACCUGAGGACUUGACAGAUUGGUUUUGGCGAUGGUCCCAACAAAGUGCAAACAACGAUCUCACAGAAUUGGACAUCGCUCAGUUGCUCGCUGCAAACACCUUCGGGGCCGGCUUCAACACUACAGUAGUCCUCGUGCAAUGUCUCUGUGAGCUUGCCACCAGGCCAGAAUACGUUAAUAUCAUCCGGCAAGAGGUUGUAUCAACUCUUGAACCCAGAAAUAACAUCUGGACCAAGGAGGGGAUUGAUUCAAUGAGAAAACUGGACAGUUUUAUCAAAGAAUGCCACCGUUAUCACUGCUUUGAUUUCGCCGGAACACCCCGCGUCGUUAAAAAAGAUUUCACUUUCAAAAAUGGGCUUAAAGUGCCCAAAGGAACAGUUCUCUUGACUCCAAAUGCGGCUAUGUUAUUCGAUGAAGAAUACGUGCAGAACCCUCUUGAAUUUGAUGGUCUUCGAUUUUUUGAACUUGCAAACAGUUCUGAAACACCCGAGAUCUUCAGGUAUACUUCUACUAAUGCUCGCUAUCUUCAAUUUGGAGAUGGGAAACACGUCUGCCCAGGUCGCUUCUUCGCUGCAGAUGAACUCAAGCUCAUUCUGGCAUAUCUCUUGCUUAAUUUUGAAAUCAAGAUCCAGGGAACUUUGCCGAAGGACUUUAAGAUCAAGAGACAUAACUUGCCACACCUGGGAGUGAACCUUCUUUUGAAGAGAUUGGAAAGGGAAAGCAUCCAUUAA